AUGAUGAGCCCAGACUUGAGCCGCCGCCCCAGCCUCUCGACCCAGAAGGAGGACGCCGGCGAGGCUGAGACCAAGCGCGCCCGAGACGCGAUGCUCCAACUGGAGCAGGAGAAGGCGUCGAUUCAAGCUGGUGUCCUGAAGCAGUCCCUUGGCCACCUCGGCACGUUCUCGACCAACACGACCAAGCAUCUCGACGACACAUACUAUGCGGUGCUCGAGAAGAUGAGCACCCUACAGAACACGGUCACGGCCAUGAAGGGCUUGGCAGAGGGGCUACGCGACAUGUGCGAUGGGUUUGACGACGACUCCCGGGCUCUCGAGAGCGACACUGUCAGCCAGCUGGUUGCCCUGGGCCGUUUCGAGGAGCAGGAGGCCAAGAUCAGCAGCCUUCAAAACCGCGUACAUCACGGUCGUGCGAGGAUCCAGGGCCUAACGGGUCGAGUAGACGUCGUGAGAGAGCGCAUCGAGGGCUGGGAGCGCGCCGACAGGGACUGGCAGGAGAGGACGCGGAAGCGGCUCAAGAUAUUUUGGUCCGUCACGUCGGUCGUCGCCAUCCUCAUCGUUGCGCUGGCGGUCGGCGUCAAGUAUACGACGAAGCUCGACGACGCUCGUCCACGCUCUCUUGGCGCUGGCUCAACGAUCCGUCCCUGGCUUAACGCCCUGAAUCAUUCGAGCGAAGAUGGAGACGGGGAGCCGGGCAAGACGAUGCUGUGGAAGACGCCGGAGGCUGAUGAUGAGCGGCUGCGAGUGUUUGACGAGCUUUGA